AUGUCAACACUUCCACCAGGCAUCCGUCAGAGGAAGCAGAGCAACGAGUUGACGACGCACCGGGACCCAAAGAACAUGGCACGCAUGGUGAAACAGGCGCUCAUUCACAUGUCCACUCACGUCGUGCCGGACAUCGGCAUCGCCCACUUCGUGCCGCUGGGCCUUACGCUGAGGAUGGUGGAAGACGGCAAUAGGCCUUGCACACAUGCGACGUGGGGGCGGCCGUCAAGAAGACUUUCGCCGAGUUCCAGCAGCAGGUGCACGGGGCGGACGACGCCGAGCCAGGGAUCUCCUUCUCCGACCUCGAACGCGACAUCGCAGUGA